AUGGCGACAGUUUCUAGGGUUUUCGGAGCCUGCAGGGUUCUGAUGACGAAGGCGGCGACUACUCCGGCGGCUACCGGUGCAGGAGCUGGUAAAGAAGCGAAAGGGAUUCUCAAGCUUGUUCGCGUUUCGCAGCCGCUCGCUACUUUCUCCGGCGAAACCGAACUCUCUCGUGCUACCGCCGUGAAGAAAGUCUGGGAGUAUGUCAAGCUUCACAAUCUCCAGAAUCCGGCGAACAAGAGGGAGAUUCAAUGCGAUGAUAAGUUAAAGACGAUCUUCGAUGGCAAAGACAAAGUUGGAAUCACAGAGGUCAUGAAGCUCUUGUCCCCACAUUUUCCUAAAGCUGUCUGA